CUUACUUUAUUAUUUGAUCAAUGAUCGUUUAAGACACACACAUACAUUAGUCUAUUUGCAAGUAAUAAACUUCUAUCAAGUUAACUUUCAUGUUUCUCUAGAGUCAAGAAUAAGAAAAGAAAUAAAAAAAAAAAAAGCAAACAAAUUGCAAACAAUUAUGUUGUUAAUAUGAAAUUAAAUUGUUAUAAAUAAAAAGAUAAAAUCAAUUUUAUCUAUGGACAAGAUAGAUGUUUACACAAAUCUUAUAAUGUGAUUUUUCUUUCUAUAAGUUUAUCCAUGACAUUUUGAUGAUGACGAUGAAAAUGCCUCGUUAAACGAAUUUCAAAAAAAAAAAGUAAAAAAUGAAUAUUAAUGAUUAAAUUAUUCAUACCUGUUUGUAUAAGAUUGUAAAAUUGCUUAUCUUUGUAUUUUGCAUUGAAUUGGUGGUGCUUCUUGUUUUUUUUUUGUUCAUCCCUCCUGAAGUGACAAUCGUUCGAUCAGGCGUUCCUUUUCGAAUGAAGCAGACUGUGUAAUUGCAUCACGCAUCGUCAUGAACGGUAGAAGCUUUCUCGAGGUCUGGAAUAAGAUACAUUGGGACGAUAUAUGGUUGUUAAAAGAAAAUCUGAGAGUCAAAAGUACGAACCGUGAAAGAUGUAACCGUCUUGAGAAAUACAAAGCAUGGAGGCGCCUCGACUCACUGGUUGGAGAACCGGAGUCUCUCCUGCGGAACAUCCCCGGCAGUUUCUCGUCGACGGCCAUCCGGAUCGACUCGCGAUCAAGGUUGAUGCGAGUCAAACACAACGAAUGAACGAUUUACAGUCUACAAUGCGGAAGCAACCACCCUUCCGUUGCCGUUUCAUCGUCAUUGGUUCUUUCUAAACGAACAAAACAGUUCACUUAACGUUUCAUUAGUGUAUAUCCUCUUCGUUGUCCUGCAAAACAAAACAAAACAACAACAACAAAAAAGUAGUUCAGUGUGUCAGUGCAAAUUCGAAUGACGUUACAAAAAUUUGACGGAUAUAUUAUAUUCAAAAUUAUUUCAUAUUAUGAUAUAUUUUGAUCAACAUGAUUCUACACAUUUCAAAUGAAUAAAACUUCACCGAGAGAAUUAUAAAAGAACGAGUGGGAUAUCACCAUCGUCGAAAGAGAUGAUUGAAGAAUUUCUAGAACAAUUAUCUGGAUAGUUUCUUUUUUCUUUCCUAUGUUUUUUCCUUUUUUUCAAUGAUACGUAUCCAAAAGUGGAAAGAAAGAUGUCUGUUGCUAGAAUGCCUUGUUAUGGGGAUGGAUUCCGAUUGGCUGGACCGCCAUCGGAAUGUUCACUUCGAAGCAAGGCUAGAAUUGAUGCCCUUUUCGAGGAUUCCAGAUCAAUUUGCAGUUCAACUAUCGGUGGUUGGUACGCUGGUGUAUCAACCGUUACUUCGGUUCAUUGUGAAGAUCAAAGUUUCGAAGAACAAAAAAGAGUUAACAGUGCGGUCCAAGCAAGAAUCGAAGCUAUGUUUGCUUCCGUGGAAGCUGAAAGCGGAACACCGGGAGAAUGUGCAGCUGCCAUCUUGCCGGUGAAAUACAUGGGUGCUGCUCCAGUUGGUGGUCGAGUAGCUAGCAUUCGUGGUCUUCAAGAACCACUUCGUCAACUUUUAGAAAAAAUCGAUGGGUCAAUUCAAGCGGAAUUAGAAGUUUCAAGACGUGGAUUGACAUUUCGAACCAGUGAAAUCUGUGAGAAGAACAAUCCCUUUCGUAGAAUAGCCGUUUGGAGUGCAUUGAGACUUCGAUGUAGGAAAAUUCCAUCAGGCGAGUCUCAUUAUGCCUUCUUGCCACUGGUUGGAGAUACUGAUCAAGGUCAAGGGGCCGAAGACAAGCACGCUGACCUCUAUAGAACAAUGCGUGGUUUAAAAAGUGACAUUGAUGUUUAUCCACCUAUCUUUGCUGUGGUAAUGAGACGAGCAGGAGCAGCAAGAUUAUUGGAGUGUCACGCAUUUGCUUGUCAAACGGAGGAAGAUGCUGUUGCCGCUGCGGCCACUUUGUACAGAGCAUUAUUAGCUGAUCUUGAUGGAAAUCGAAGAAGACCUAGACAUACUAAUGGUUUAGGCUGUGUUAGUUUGGCAUCGGUAGUUUCUAGCGUAAGAGAAGCUAGUCCAAGUAAUAAAAGUCAUUUAUUAACACCAUCGUCGUUACCAAAACCAAACAACAUUCCACCUCAUCCGAUAAGACCACCGAGGUUGAAAAAAAAUUCUAUCUCGAAUUCAGCUACCGAAGACGAGAGUAACAAGUCUACCAGUGUACAGAAAGCACCAAGAAGAAAAAAGAAAACCAUUUCGGACGUAAAGGCUGAAGAUAUACUCGAAGCUAGAGGAUGUAGAAGAGAACCCGUCAAACCGGACAAGCCGGUGAGCUUAAUUCAAAAGAAUUUGGAACAGUUUGAGAAGAAGGAUAAUGUUAAAUGUUCGAAAGAUCCUCAACAAAUCGAGAAAAACGAGUUAGAUCGUGAAAGUAGUCGUACGGAUAAGAUUUACGAUGAUAAAACCAGCAAUAGCAUUUAUGGAAUUCAAUCUAACAUUUACGAAAAAUUAUUAUCAUCUAGAAGGAGCAAUGAUCUUGAUACUAAUUCAAGAUCCAUUUAUUUGCCGGGAAGAAAAGAUGAGAUUAUAUCAUCGUCGAGUGAACGAAAUUACGGGUCUUACGAUUUUUCUCGAAAUGGUCUUGACGUUCAAAGUACCGUGGAAUCUUAUUCGAAAAAAUCCGAUUGUUUUCCAAUAUACGAUAGAAUUGAAAAACCAUCGAGCACGAAGAAUCCAAUUUAUAUGCAAAGUACGAAGAGCGAUCGACAGAGGAUUUACGAGGAACACUUCAGAGACGCGGAAAAGAUCUAUAGUCUUGAUCAAGAGGAUACUUACGUUGGUAGUAAUAAGAAGAUGAAUCGUGGACAAGUCAAUAGUUCUCAAGAGAAUGUUUUCUUCUCGAGAAAUCGUAAAAAUGAUACGUACGAAGACUGUAGAAAGAUUUCUCAAGAAAAACACUGUUCUAGGAAUAGAGAAAAAACUGCAUCUUCCGGUACAAAGCUCUGUAGAGUUGUUACCAUGGAUAAACCCUUGAAAAAGGCUAAUGUUUCUAAUGAUUUAGAAGUGGAUACGAAGAUACCGGAAUACAGUCAGCCUCGAGUUAGAAGGAGAAGUAGAGCUGGCAGCGAACCACCAGUGGGUAGAACAGAAAGUACCAAGAAAAUUGUUCAAGAAAAUAAACUCAAGAGAUCUCAAAGUGAUCUUGACGUAGAAAGAGGGGAUUUAAUGACUAGAGUUGAAUUACCAAGACGAGCGAGUUUCUUGAAACCUGGAAGUACCAGAAUAGCAAAUAAUAUGAAAGGGGGUACUCCAUUGGGAUUUACUGAACUGUUUGAUGAAUUUAGAAAUCAGGAAGGUUUGACUAGCGUCGAUGAUAUCUUAGCAGCUAUUAUUGAUCCAGAAGGUAUGUCCUUUAACGAUCUCAAGCCACUUUACAAAGAAUUUUUAUUAAAACUUGCCGCAACUUUGACACAAGACGAGCUUUAUCAAAGAUCUGCUAGUAUAAUGAGAAGACGUCGUAGACCACAGAGAAGACGAUCGACUCGUCGGCCUUGUCUUUUAGGGCGUGCUAUCAAAAGAUCCGUAUCGAGAUUAAAAGGUGGACCGACUGAAUUUACAUCGGUUAUUUUUCCUGCGAGAAGAUUGAACGAUAGUUUUGGAAGUAGCUCGUCUUGCGAUGCUAGAAAUAAUCAUCGAAGUCGUGUGUUGGCCAGUAGACAUGGGAAAAGACGAUCAUCCUGGAGAAUGAACAAAAAUGGGCAGUGUCACACUACUUCGGAGGACAGUGACACGUGUAGACGAGCGAGUCGCAACGCUGGACCAGCUGCAAAUAGAAGCAGCAGUGGUUACGUAAGUUGCAGCGAAUGCAGCUACGAUUCCGAAUCCUGCACCUGUAUCUCAGCGGAUAAAUGUUAUUGUUCCCUGUCCAGAAGACAACUCGUAGAGCCUAUCCUCCCGAAUACGGUAGUGUGUGCCUGCGACACGGACAGUUGCUCGGAAAGCAACAAAUGUUAUUGCGGAAAGACGCCUGUACGAUCCAACAUCUUGGAACAAUUGAGACAAAAGGGUAUUGUGCCUUCGGAGGGCACGUUAAGUAGAGGUGGAAGUCCUGAUAGAAUAACGUCAUCAAAAACCUCUAGGAGUCAUUCUUCUUCUCAUAAUUCUGAAUUAUUGAAGAUUCAAUCCUCUCCCAUUUGUGGUAGCUCGGACAACUUAGCUUUGGAUUAUGACCUUUUCAGUCCAGGAAGAAAGUCCCAGCAAUCUUCUGGUAGCGAGAAGGUAUUGGUUGUAAGUGCCAGAGACACUCAAGGUCGUUUGGUGUACGUUGGAGGUGCCGAAAGAGAGAAAAAAUGUUUCUCUCAUGGUAACAUUAGAUCUGACGCUCAUCACGAAGCACUCUCGAUAAAGAAGAGUGCUGAAAUUGCUGCCGUCUUUGGAUCAGAUUCCAAUAAAAUUUGUAGGAGGGCUAGUAACGCAUCCAGUAUCAAAAGUUCCAUCAGUUUGGAAGCUGGUUUAGGGUAUCUACCUUGAUGGUAAUGUUUCCUGCUCUAUCAAUGAGUUUUUAUAAUUAUAUCAAAACUUGAUCUCAAAGCUACAUAGCUAAUUCAAGUUUAGUGAAGUAACAGAAGCAUAUUGUAAUCGAUCAAAGUUUAUUUCUUGAUUUCUAGUAUGAAAAGAAAGAAGAAAAUAACGCAUUAUAUAAUUUCUAUAAAAAUGGUACCUGUUGCAAAUGAAAAUAAUAAGAAACUAGUGAUACCAUAUAUUAAAUAUACUCUGCUCUGUUCUAUACAAGUCUUUGAUUCUUUCUAGAUAUUAAAUAAUAUCUUUAAAAGAAAGAGAUCGAUAUUAU